AGCGAGAAAAAAGAGUGUUGACACGUCAGAACCUCGGACUUAUCGUGCGGCGAUAACAAAGAACGCCGACUUGUGGGCAUAUCGAUACCGUAUCACAAAUAACAAAAACACGUCACGUAAUCCGGACGGAGGCUGUGACCUAGCGCAUUUCUCUUGCAGCUGGAAAAAUAGCGGGCGGUGAACCAGGGCAUCAUUAGAAUCCAGCAGGCAAUACCACAAAGCAAAUUGGAACCAUGAACACACAAAUCGUUGUAUUUGUGGUGGCCCUGAUGAUGCACUGCAUCUCUGCCGUGGAAUUCACCUUCGAUCUGGCCGAUAACGCGGAGGAUUGCUUCUACGAGGAGAUCAAGAAGAAUUCGAGCGCCUACUUUGAGUUCCAAGUGUCGGCCGGUGGCCAAUUGGAUGUGGACGUCACACUAAAGGAUCCGCAGGGCAAGGUCAUCUACAAACUGGAGAAGGCCACCUUCGAUAGCCAUCAAUUUAUUGCCGAGUCAACGGGCGUGUACACUGCCUGCUUUGGCAAUCAAUUCUCGGCCUUCUCGCACAAGAUCGUCUACGUGGACUUCCAAGUGGGCGACGAGCCGGCUCUGCCCGGUGUGGAUGAACAUGCCACGGUGCUUACACAGAUGGAGACUUCAUCGCAGGCGAUUCACAAGGGCCUCAACGACAUCCUGGACGCACAGACGCAUCACCGACUGAGGGAGGCGCAAGGUCGCAAGCGGGCCGAAGAUCUGAACCAGCGGGUUAUGGUCUGGUCCUCCCUGGAGACGGCCGCCGUCAUCCUGAUCGGUCUCGUCCAGAUUAUGGUGCUGAGGAACUUCUUUACGGACCGAAAGCCCAGCCAGACGCACUACGGACGGCUCUAAACGAUCGGGUUUCAUGUUGGGAUCUAGCUUAGUUCAGAGCCCUUGUAAGGAGAGGGUGUCCUCCAAUCCCCAACUGUCCAAAUCCCCCGAAAUGUUGUCAAUCUCGUCAUAGCCACAACGUAUUCAUUCCCCCCCUCAAGGGCGUUUCUUUUUCGGGGAAAAAAAAACCCUAACGACAUGUAAUAUUUUUUUGUUAAGACCCAGCCCGGUAAAACAGAGAAUGUUUUUUUUUUUUAAAUACAUAAAAAAGCAACCACCACUCGAUAGCUAAAGGUAUUCACGAAGCGUUUCAAUAGGGGGGUCAAGGGGGCAUAAUCUCGCCCAGAAGCAACAAAGUCGGACAAUGAAAACAAACCCCUUUGACUUCAGCAAUAUUUCGCGCAGUAAAAUUAUCUAGCACUUUGGAAAUCCACCUUUAUUCUAAUCUGACACCAAAGCGACUGAAGUUUCAUGCGACUCAGUUCUAUUAACAUAUCCCAUUUUUAUAUGAUGGCGUGGCCUCUAAUAUACUAUAUGGAUAUAGCUAAGACUUGUACGUACAUAUACAUAUAUCUUUCAUAAUUCAGCUGAAUCAAUAGGAAGGAAUUUAGCUGCGUGGGGGAGUAUGUGGUAUUGUAUCCAAUGUACCUUAAUUGAGAAUUAAUUUUAACUGCACACGCAAAUUAAGCGAGAAAAAACUCCCAAUUAGGCGGUGCUCAGUCAACCAUAUUUUAAGUUCUACUCUGUAUAAGGAAGUUAAUAUAGAUAUGACCUCAAAUGAAUAGACACAGAAUGAAUAAAGCAGCCAGCAUUAUGAUAACUUAUAACAUGUACCCAUCAAGUGGAAUAAAGGGCUACAUUUAUCAACAACGGAAAA